GCAUCAGUGUCAUUUCUCAAAGAGAGAAAGAAAGCGACAGAGAAAAGGAAGAAGAUUAGAGAAGCACACUGACAUUUCCGCGGCGAAGGAGAAGGUGCUGGCGCUGGAAUUAAAAGGACGAGGAAAAUGAACACUGAAUGCUGACACACAAUCCAAGACAAUGCUGACCUUGCCCCUCGAAGACUCCGCGAUGAUGCCGGAGACACAGUUCAGUGCCGAUUUCCCACAAGACUGCGUUGACGAGGUGAAGGUUCGAAAACAAGACCCCUUCCUUAAAAUUGAAACAGUGUCCGGCGCGGUGAACAAAAACAACCCGGGGGAAGAGUCGGAGAGGGAUGAGGACGAGCCGGAGGAUGGUCAAGACGACAGCGGGUACCCCAGGAGGAGGGGACCGCGGAGGAAGAAGAUGACGAAGGCUCGGUUUGACAGGGUUAAACUGCGGCGUCUCGAGGCCAACGCCAGGGAGCGCAGCAGAAUGCACGGUCUCAACAGCGCGCUCGACAGCCUGCGCAAGGUGGUGCCGUGUUACUCCAAAACGCAAAAGUUAUCCAAAAUUGAGACUCUGCGACUGGCGAAGAACUACAUAUGGGCCCUGUCUGAAAUCCUCAGCACCGGCAAGAGACCCGAUCUGUUGACCUUCGUGCAGACGCUGUGCAAAGGACUGUCGCAACCCACCACCAAUUUAGUGGCGGGGUGUCUGCAGCUGAACGCCAGAAAUUUCAUCACAGAUCACAGCGGGGACGCGCCUUUCACUGGCAGGGCUCCAUACGACGCGGUGUACCCACCGUACCACAGCCCGGAGAUGGGAACACCCGCGGGGCACGGCGGCGGGACCGCGGACAGCGCCAAGCCAUUCAAACCGCUCAGCUACUCUGGGGUUUAUGAGUCUUUCUACGAGAGCGCUUCUCCAGAGUGCGCCAGCCCCCAGUUCGAGGGUCCCCUCAGUCCUCCAAUUAACUUUAAUGGGAUAUUUUCCCUCAAACACGAGGAACCAUCCGAGUAUGGUAAGGCGUGUCACUAUGGCAUGCGGUACUGUGCCGUGCCAGCGCGCGGUUCCCUCGGCCACAAUUCGAUGUUCAGGAGUUCCUCCGAAAUCCAUUUCCCAUAUGACAUUCAUUUGCGCGGCCAGUCAUACACGGUGCAGGACGAAUUUAACACCGCUUUCCACAAUUAAUGAGCUAAAUUAAGCAAUUUCUACUCAAUCAAAUAAUUACUGAAAAUAGACAAGACACAGUCGUGUAUUAUUUGGAUACUUGCGGUAUUUUAUGUGAAAAAAUUGCAUAGCUAGACAACAUAUUUAUAUUUAGCAGGCCUGCAUUGACUAAUCGCAAAUGUUUUAAGGGAACAAUUCAUGGGAAAUAAAUUCGGUGUGUUUAGCUACAAAGUGCUAAGCUUAGUCAAGUCUACGUUGUGUAUUGGGUGCCACCGCUUGAGUUAAGUUCAGAAUAUGGAGUAUAUGCAGAAUGGUGCGUUCUUUUUCCGUUAUUUUUUACUGUUAGUUACUUUCAUCCGUUUACAACAAUGAAUUGGUAUAUAAGACAUCAUUUAGUGUUAAUUUCCAGAUUUAAAUGAGUAAUUUCAAACCGUAUCUCCGUAAAGCAAUAAAGACAGAGCGAACUAUGCAAUAAAGCUAUCUCUCUUGUCUAAUAAAGUCUCAGCAAUUCACACUUAAUUAAAUACACCAAGCGGCAUAAGUCUAAAUUUAAAUUAAACCUAUCACCAAACUUGUUCACCAGGAUCCCGACAGUUAUUCCACAAAUCGGUAUAACUUUUGAAAACAAAACUUAUUUUUUCUGGGAGACAGAGUGGCCAUUUUUAUCACACACAAAUUGUAUUUGCCCGUCAAAUAAUAUUUAUAACUUUAUAAUGUCCAUUUACCUAACACGUCUAGUCUAUCAAGGUUAGAUGAUAUUGUAUUCUUUACACACAAAAAUGCAUGAUUUAUGAAUACCGAAAUACUUAGGUCCAUAAGUAGGCUACAGAACCCAUUCAUUCGUGGAGCACGAAUAAAAUUCACGUUUUGGAAUACAUUUUUUUUUUUUUUUUUUACACCAAAAGAAACAUCAGCAUCAGUUGGUGUGUUCUGGAUUCAGCGUUGUUUGGGAGUGCGAAAGGAUAUAACUGCCCAAUCAAAGACAGGCCUGCUAUGCCGCGUGAAGGCGUGCAGUGCAAGAGCAUCCAACGUCUGCAAAUGCGAUGACGUCAUUAUGUCGAACGUUCUAUUGACAUGUGAAGGACUUUUCAGGAAUGUGUGGAUAAGACCGAUUUUUAUUUAUUUAUUUAUUUAUUUAUUUAGUUUGACGUGUUUAAAUCGAGGGUUGUUGUUUACAUGUAAAUAUUAUUCCUUAACUAAAUGAGCUUUGAUGAAAUGUGGCUGUGCAACUUUAGUGUGUGUUUACCAGAUGUCAUAUGGAUUUUAUUUUCUUCACUUGCUAAAGUAGGUUACUGGUUGUUUGGUAUAUUUUUUCCUUGAAGUUUUGUGCGUAGUCAGCUUUUAUGGGCCUAAAAAUGUACAUUUGACAUAUUAAGCCUGAGGAAAAUUCUCCAUGAGAACAAGGCUGUAGUUAAGUGUCUUAUAAUUUCAUAUGGUGGAAAAUUUCUGGCCUUAAUUUAAAUGAAAUAUUUGGCACGUAUCAGUUAUGCAAUGGGCAUGAUGUUAUCGGUCGUGGUUUUGUACAAGAUAUUUAGUUUUUUCUUGUUGAUCUUCGGCCGAAUUUAUUUGUUUAUGGUUAUUUACUUAUUUUUCCUGAGGGAGGUAGUACGUUUCGCACUGCAUUGCACAUUUCUAUUUGACUACAUUGUUUCGAACAGAAAAUUAACAAAUAAAAUACAUCUAAAUA